GUUCUGACUUGCUGUUUUGAACGAGCAACUGGAAGAAGAACGCUGUUCGGGAUGAUUUCUCUACUGCUUCUUUUUCUCCUGGCUUUUUCAGCGAGUGCUAGGCCCAGCCGCAAGGUCCCAUUCACGGUCGUUGAAACCACGCCCACAGCAGAGCAUCGCCAGCAGCAACAGCCAAUCAUCAAGCGAGCUUCAGAUGUGCGAAAGGGCCAGCCGCAUCGCGCCUUCGAUGCGCCCCUUGUUCUCGUCAACGGCACCGAUACGACGGCAGACCGAAUCUGCUUGAUACUGCACAGCAUGGGCGAGCAGGCGCGCAGAGGCCUGAUGCAACAGCUAACACGGGCCACAUACGCAGCGCCGCGGAGCCGUGAAGAGGACGAGUUCGCGGGGCAGAUCCAAGAGCAGUGGGACGUUUUUGUCGCAAAGGUCAAGCAAGUGGCACGCAGCACGUGGGAGAACUUGGCCAAGCGCAUGGCUUCAUCCCUGGAGCAGCUUGCCACCCGAUGAACGUCUGUGACAUCACGUUACUAUUAAUUCAUGCCAUGACGGAUUCGGAGGGCACUCAAGCAGCAAUCAGUGAUCCACACUGGCACACUGUGCGCCCACCAUUGCUAUUUUUGGUGGUCUAACAAUGGUACCACACAGUGAUAGCGAUCAAAGUGAUCACAUCUCAUCAAAAUGACUGCCACUCGCUCAUCGCAAUCGUGCUCUAUGAUCUUGAAUUGGCCAACGUGGGCCUCCAAAAUUAGAGUUUGCUAUAAAACGUUACAAAAAAAAGAGUAAAUGUAGUUCAAUAAAAACAUAUAAGACACUCUCAGCUGGUUUGGUAGGGGCCUGGACAACUAUUAUUGCCAGAAGCAAAGCCUGCUAGAGUAAGAGAUUUCUGACGACUUCUCUACUUGGAGAAAGGCGAAGGUGCGUAGUUAAAAUGGCGGAUUGGUGACAAAGAAUAUGCGUGUGACGACGUUGUCCUUCCUGUAAUACGACGAAGGCGAUGGUAAAUGGCAAUAAAAAAGGUUG